AUGCCAUUCACCUCCACAACUGGUCACCCCUCGGACUACGCCGUCCCAGCCUCCCGGGGGUGCGUGUGCGUGAGUGUGACCCAACAGCUCCUGAAACAGCUGCCCAGCGCGCCUGCAGUGCGGGAUGCCACGAACUGGGCCACCUGGGGCCGGCGGGGCCCGCGAGUGUCACCCACCACCCGCCGAGGGCCCAGCGCAAGGGCCUGGUGCGGGCCAGGCCCCCGAGUGUCACCCACCCACCACCCACCCGCCGAGGGCCUGGUGCGGGCCGGGCCCCCGAGUGUCACCCACCCACCCGCCGAGGGCCUGGGUGCGGGCCGGGCCCCCGAGUGUCACCCACCCACCCGCCGAGGGCCUGGGUGCGGGCCGGGCCCCCGAGUGUCACCCACCCACCACCCACCCGCCGAGGGCCGGGGUGCGGGCCAGGCCCCCGAGUGUCACCCACCCACCCGCCGAGGGCCUGGGUGCGGGCCGGGCCCCCGAGUGUCACCCACCCACCCGCCGAGGGCCUGGGUGCGGGCCGGGCCCCCGAGUGUCACCCACCCACCCGCCGAGGGCCUAGGUGCGGGCCAGGCCCCGAGUGUCACCCACCCGCCCGCCGAGGGCCUGGGUGCGGGCCGGGCCCCCGAGUGUCACCCACCCGCCCGCCCGCCGAGGGCCUGGGUGCGGGCCGGGCCCCCGAGUAUCACCCACCCGCCCGCCGAGGGCCUGGGUGCGGGCCGGGCCCCCGAGUGUCACCCACCCACCCGCCGAGGGCCUGGGUGCGGGCCGGGCCCCCGAGUGUCACCCACCCGCCCGCCCGCCGAGGGCCUGGGUGCGGGCCGGGCCCCCGAGUGUCACCCACCCACCGGCCGAGGGCCUGGGUGCGGGCCGGGCCCCCGAGUGUCACCCACCCACCCGCCGAGGGCCUGGGUGCGGGCCAGGCCCCGAGUGUCACCCACCCGCCCGCCGAGGGCCUGGGUGCGGGCCGGGCCCCCGAGUGUCACCCACCCACCACCCGCCCGCCGAGGGCCUGGGUGCGGGCCAGGCCCCGAGUGUCACCCACCCGCCCGCCGAGGGCCUGGGUGCGGGCCGGGCCCCGAGUGUCACCCACCCACCACCCGCCCGCCGAGGGCCUGGGUGCGGGCCAGGCCCCGAGUGUCACCCACCCGCCCGCCGAGGGCCUGGGUGCGGGCCAGGCCCCGAGUGUCACCCACCCACCACCUGCCCGCCGAGGGCCUGGGUGCGGGCCGGGCCCCCGAGUGUCACCCACCCACCCGCCGAGGGCCUGGGUGCGGGCCGGGCCCCGAGUGUCACCCACCCACCCGCCGAGGGCCUGGGUGCGGGCCGGGCCCCCGAGUGUCACCCACCCACCCGCCGAGGGCCUGGGUGCGGGCCAGGCCCCGAGUGUCACCCAUCCACCCGCCGAGGGCCGGGGUGCGGGCCGGGCCCCCGAGUGUCACCCACCCACCACCCGCCCGCCGAGGGCCUGGGUGCGGGCCGGGCCCCCGAGUGUCACCCACCCACCACCCGCCCGCCGAGGGCCUGGGUGCGGGCCGGGCCCCCGAGUGUCACCCACCCACCCGCCGAGGGCCUGGGUGCGGGCCGGGCCCCCGAGUGUCACCCACCCACCCGCCGAGGGCCUGGGUGCGGGCCGGGCCCCGAGUGUCACCCACCCGCCCGCCGAGGGCCUGGUGCGGGCCGGGCCCCGAGUGUCACCCACCCGCCCGCCGAGGGCCUGGUGCGGGCCGGGCCCCGAGUGUCACCCACCCGCCCGCCGAGGGCCUGGGUGCGGGCCGGGCCCCGAGUGUCACCCACCCACCACCCACCCGCCGAGGGCCUGGGUGCGGGCCGGGCCCCCGAGUGUCACCCACCCACCACCCGCCCGCCGAGGGCCUGGUGCGGGCCGGGCCCCGAGUGUCACCCACCCGCCCGCCGAGGGCCUGGUGCGGGCCGGGCCCCGAGUGUCACCCACCCGCCCGCCGAGGGCCUGGUGCGGGCCGGGCCCCGAGUGUCACCCACCCGCCCGCCGAGGGCCUGGUGCGGGCCGGGCCCCGAGUGUCACCCACCCGCCCGCCGAGGGCCUGGUGCGGGCCGGGCCCCGAGUGUCACCCACCCGCCCGCCGAGGGCCUGGGUGCGGGCCGGGCCCCGAGUGUCACCCACCCACCACCCACCCGCCGAGGGCCUGGGUGCGGGCCGGGCCCCGAGUGUCACCCACCCACCACCCGCCCGCCGAGGGCCUGGUGCGGGCCGGGCCCCCGAGUGUCACCCACCCACCCGCCGAGGGCCUGGGUGCGGGCCGGGCCCCCGAGUGUCACCCACCCACCACCCACCCGCCGAGGGCCUGGGUGCGGGCCGGGCCCCCGAGUGUCACCCACCCACCACCCACCCGCCGAGGGCCGGGGUGCGGGCCGGGCCCCGAGUGUCACCCACCCACCACCCACCCGCCGAGGGCCUGGGUGCGGGCCGGGCCCCCGAGUGUCACCCACCCACCACCCGCCCGCCGAGGGCCUGGUGCGGGCCGGGCCCCGAGUGUCACCCACCCGCCCGCCGAGGGCCUGGUGCGGGCCGGGCCCCGAGUGUCACCCACCCGCCCGCCGAGGGCCUGGUGCGGGCCGGGCCCCGAGUGUCACCCACCCGCCCGCCGAGGGCCUGGUGCGGGCCGGGCCCCGAGUGUCACCCACCCGCCCGCCGAGGGCCUGGUGCGGGCCGGGCCCCGAGUGUCACCCACCCGCCCGCCGAGGGCCUGGUGCGGGCCGGGCCCCGAGUGUCACCCACCCGCCCGCCGAGGGCCUGGUGCGGGCCGGGCCCCGAGUGUCACCCACCCGCCCGCCGAGGGCCUGGGUGCGGGCCGGGCCCCGAGUGUCACCCACCCACCACCCACCCGCCGAGGGCCUGGGUGCGGGCCGGGCCCCGAGUGUCACCCACCCACCACCCGCCCGCCGAGGGCCUGGGUGCGGGCCGGGCCCCCGAGUGUCACCCACCCACCACCCACCCGCCGAGGGCCGGGGUGCGGGCCGGGCCCCGAGUGUCACCCACCCACCACCCACCCGCCGAGGGCCUGGGUGCGGGCCGGGCCCCCGAGUGUCACCCACCCACCACCCGCCCGCCGAGGGCCUGGUGCGGGCCGGGCCCCGAGUGUCACCCACCCGCCCGCCGAGGGCCUGGUGCGGGCCGGGCCCCGAGUGUCACCCACCCGCCCGCCGAGGGCCUGGUGCGGGCCGGGCCCCGAGUGUCACCCACCCGCCCGCCGAGGGCCUGGUGCGGGCCGGGCCCCGAGUGUCACCCACCCGCCCGCCGAGGGCCUGGUGCGGGCCGGGCCCCGAGUGUCACCCACCCGCCCGCCGAGGGCCUGGUGCGGGCCGGGCCCCGAGUGUCACCCACCCGCCCGCCGAGGGCCUGGUGCGGGCCGGGCCCCGAGUGUCACCCACCCGCCCGCCGAGGGCCUGGGUGCGGGCCGGGCCCCGAGUGUCACCCACCCACCACCCACCCGCCGAGGGCCUGGGUGCGGGCCGGGCCCCGAGUGUCACCCACCCACCACCCGCCCGCCGAGGGCCCAGCGGCCGGCCUGGUGCGGGCAGGUCGGGGCGGCGGCGUGUUUAUGA